AUGGAAACACAGAACCAGUCAUCCAUUAAAGACUUCAUCUUGCUAGGCUUAUCAAACUCCCCUGGACAUCAAGGAAUCAUCUUUUGGGGAUUCACUUUCAUCUAUUCAACAGCUUUGGUAGCCAACUUCCUCUUUAUCCUCACCAUAAGCAGCUGCAGCAAACUCCACACCCCGAUGUAUUUCCUGCUCAUCAAUUUGUCCAUAGCAAACAUGUUCUGCAUCUCAGUGACAAUUCCUAAGAUGCUUCAGGCUACUUUGUCUCCGAGGAAGACCAUCUCCUUUUCUGGCUGUAUGGCACAAGUCUGCCUUUUCUUAUGGGCUUUGGGAACAGAGCUCUUGCUCCUCUCGUUUAUGGCCUUUGAUCGCUAUGCUGCCAUCUGCCACCCUUUGCAGUACACUAUCAUCAUGAGGAGGGAAGUGUGUGUUGGGGUAGUAGCUGCAGUAUGGGUGACUGGGAUGGUUAAUUCGGCAGUUCACACCGGACUUGUACUCCAGCUUUCCUUCUGCAACUCCAGGGUCAUCAACCACUUCUUCUGCAAUCUGCCUCCAUUGCUGGCACUCUCUUGCUCAGACAUCAGCCUCAAUGAAAUCAUGGCAUAUGUAUCUGAUGCUUUCAUCUCCAUGGGUAGCUGUACAUUGACUUUAACAUCAUAUGUACUCAUUUUGAUAACCAUCAGCAGAAUCCAGUCUGCUGAGGGGAAAAAGAAAGCCUUCUCCACUUGUUCUUCUCACCUCCUGGUGGUCAUCUUUUACUUUUCCACCAUCAUCUACACAUACAUCAGGCCCACCUCAUCCUCUUCUCUAGAAGAGGACAAGGUACUUGCUAUCCUGUAUACAGUGGUGACCCCAGUGCUCAAUCCUGUCAUAUAUUCCCUGAGAAAUCAAGAUGUUAAGGAGGCCCUGAAGAGGCUCACAGGUAGAUUCAUACCAAGAGCUAGCCUGGUGUAUGGUUAG